GUGACAGCGCGUGGACGUGUCCACGUAUCUUAGUUAACGGUUGCUUCCCGGUAACUAACUGUCCGUAAUUUUGGUACAUAUUAAAAUUCCUGUAGUGUAUUUACUACGGUACGGUGGUGUCGAAUUUUUGGUGUGUUGUGAUCGAUAAUUGUGUGAUAUUUUGUUGAACGCAACGUUGUGAUUUCAAUAUUGAUACCCAAAGGAUGACCAUAUAAACAAGAUGGCUUCCACAUGCAUCAAAUUGACUCUAUUCCUAGCGCUAGUUACUGCUAUACGCGCUCAAUACAGUGACCUAUCACCAACUUUAGAUAUAGACUUACAGAGCGAAGAAAUAAACGACACUCUAACUGAAAUAGCAUCAGAAACAGACAAGCCAACAGUCAAAAGCAACGAUGAAGAAACAACAGAACCAGUACUCGAAGGACCAAAGUCUAUAGACCCCUCGCACGUUGAGAACGAAGGUACUAUUGAAGAGAGAACAGAGAUUUCAAACGAAGCAACGGGUCAGGAUAUAACGGUCGCUACUGACGUCACAAUGACUGUAGACAAUAAUGUUUACACUGUCAAAGAACCAGUGGAGGAUAUUUAUUCUAAUCAAGAGGUGUACAAUGUGCAGGUAGAAGCGACGGUGACAACUACGCAUGCGUCCGAUGCGGUCGACGGUUACCCGCCAAAACCAGCCGAGUUAGAUGACGACCAGGACUAUAGUGGCCAGCGGAACCCUAAAACUGAUAAUUCCGACACGCCGCCCCCAACUGACGCGCGUACAUUCGACAAACCGAAACCGCUACCCGCAGCAACAAAGAGUUCUACCCUCCGCGCGUGGCUCGAAGACACGUGGCUGCGACCGCCAGUCGGCGUCCUCGUGCCGUUGAGAACGGACGCGUUGGCGCGCGCGCUCGCUGUAUGGAACGAUGUGACAGCCGAUGGAUUGAAUUUGACUGAUAUCGUGAUCGUGGGAUACGAUUCUAAUGGAGUAAACUGGCGCUCCCGCCACAACCUACAACCAUCCAGCACGACGGGUGACCGAGCUGUGAGCAGCGCUUUAUCAAAACUGCUGCAUAAAUAUCAGGGCGUCUACACGAGCACAAUAAAUGACGGAACUAUGCGCGCCUUAACGUCAGCAGCCAAGCUGGUGCCCUACGACAGCGCCCUAUUCCUUGUCACUGACAGGGCGCCGGGCGACGCGCAGCGCCUACCACUAGCUUUAAGAGCUCUGGUUGAAAAACGAUUGAAGGUAUACACAGUGUGGACGGACCCCACCUACCCGUCAGCGGAGUCCGAGCUGGCGCUCCAGGAUCUGAGGAACGUGUCAUCGCACACGGAGGGCGAAGUCCUACCAUACGUACUGCCGGAUACGGACGACGAUACAGCUAUACUGGCUGAACUACAGCAGUGGAACCCUACAGAAGCGCCCAGGCGUGAAGCCAGAGUGAAAACCUACCCAGAAAUCGAAGAAUUUGAUACGCUGCUCAUGAGGAAGGGUGAAGGGGAGGCGUUAUCCCUUGGACUACCCAUAGAUAACGGAGUUACAGCAUUGAAGAUAUACUUGGAGGGAGCUGUUGAACAUGCAGUUUUGUACCCGCCUAACGAUGGUGCACAAAUAGAUCUUUACAACGCGUCAUCCAUCCGCGCCUUCUCACCGUCGUCUACCGCGGAGGGAGCGUCACCUAGGGUCGUCCACUUGGUGUUCCCGACUUCGCUUGAUGACGCGCUCGCCGUCCUACCCGUGGAGUCCACAGAAGAGACGGAUCGAUCUCUAGCCGGCACUUGGCACUUGAGCGUGCGCUGCGACGCUUGCGACUACCGCCUGCGCGUCACAGCCAAGUCUUCGCUGCACUUCGACGUUGAUGUCGUCGAUGACAUGUUAAAACUGAAGAUAUUCGGGCCAGUGGCGAGCGUGCGUGACACUAUACUGGUCGACGAAUAUGGCUCCGAACUGGCAAAACUACCAUUUAACUACCAGCCAACAUCUGACGUAGAUGAAUCGAGCCAAAACGCAGACAUCCAAGCCGAGCUGCAGAUACCAAACGUCGCCAACACUAAUGUGUACGUGAAGAUAUUCGGACGGGAUAUUAAAGGCGAACCCUUCACACGUCUAUCCAGACCGAUCCAAAAGCACACAGAAGUGCGACUGGGCAGAUCCGCAUCUAUCGUCUUCCCGGAAUCACCGAAUGAUUUGGAAAUCGUGGAAGAUCUUAACUCUGUACUGUUAAAUCGGAUGGAGUUGAAUGAUAGCAAUGUUCUGCCGUUUGGCAGGGCCACAUCACAGGUUGUGAACCAGAGUGGAUCGGUUCUAACAUCAGUGCAAAUUGGUCUGAGCACCAGAUUGUAUGGCACGCCUGGUGACAGACUACAGUUAUACUUCGAAGUCACGAAUUAUAGAGAGCAGACGGUGAGAUUCAACUUUGGUGCUGUGGGCGAACUACGGUUUCUGACGGGAAUCGAACCUACAGCGCAAUCCGUCGCUUCGGGGCAAACCGUGACCGUCAUCGUGAGUUUAGUGAUUACGGCCACGGCACAACCGGGGGCAAGGGACCUUAUUACUUUCACAGCUUAUGGUAACGAACAGGUAUCGAUAUCAGCCUAUGUGUACGUGUUGAACCCGGGACAGGUCAUCAACGACGCUUCACCACCGAGCAUACGUCACAAUUUCCAGGGUUCCUGUUUACUAAAACAGGGCAAUGAUUGCAACGAACACGUAUGGUCCUCUACCAUAGUAGCCCGCGACUCUGAAGGAGGCCUCUUGCGUCUGACGUCAUCACCACCAGGCGUCAUAUACGACGGCAACUUCAUAUCGGGCUCGCGCGAUGACGUCACCGCAACAUAUCGCGCCACAUGUUGCUCGCCGCGCGUCGUCAUCAACGCGGUGGACGCGUUCGGCAACACUAACAGCUAUAUCGUCGAUAUAUCUAAUUAUUUCCCGCCCUCCGCGAUAGCCGCCAUAGUCCUAGGCAUAAUACUAUUCAUAGGAAUCCUAGUACUAAUAAUCUUCCUAAUUUAUUGGUGCGUGAAACGAAGAAAGGAAGUUAGAGACCUACCAACGUAUACGUCUAGAAAUGUAAACUAAAAGUGUAUAUUUUUUAUUUAUAUUUUAAUUAAUCUUAUAAAAAUUAUAUUUAUGACAAAAUAAUUCAAUCAAU